CACGUGGACAACCGACCGCCUAGAAUUUAAUCAACAUUUCAUGCUAUCUUCACAGGGUUCUGACCUCACAAAGAUUGAAACAUGCUUUAACUUUGAACUGUUUUAGCCAAAUAGUCUAACCAGUGAAACGAAUAAGAUGAUGAUGAUGAUGAUGGAGUCCAUGGCAGUAGCACGUUUCUCUGCUUCAAACAACCCACUUCUUAUCCGAUCCAUGGCUACACAAAAACCAACUCCAUCCGCUACCAAAACCGUCACUUCUAAAAAGGCUCCAUCGCCGGUGAAGUUAUUGACAAGAGUGGAGCAAUUGCGGCUGUUAACUAAAGCUGAGAAAGCUGGUUUACUAUCAGCUGCUGAGAAAUCUGGACUAACUCUGUCAACAAUUGAGAGACUUGGUCUUCUUUCGAAAGCCGAAGAAUUGGGGAUUCUUUCUGCAGCUACUGACCCUGCAACCCCAUCUGCACUCUUCAGCUUGAGCUUGGGAUUGCUGGCUGUAGGCCCUGCUUGUGUGUAUCUGGUGCCUGAAGAUUACCCUUGGCAAAUUGUUUUGCAGGUGUUGGUUUCUCUAGUUUCUGUUGUUGGUGGCUCUGCAGCUUUUGGAGCCUCAAAUAUUGUUUCCACUUUGCAGAGAAAUUAAAUCGAAAUGUAAGCUGCAAAAUACCAUCUUUGUUAGAAAAGUUUUCUGAUAGAAUAAAUGUUUUUUUAUUCAGUCCUGAUUUUUUGUUGAUCCCUUGGGAUAACCUGGAUAAGGUUGUGUUUUGUGCUUGACAAAAGCCAUGAACUACUAUAACCUUGAAAUUUAGAUUAAUGCAUCUUGUAAUCUAAUAUAUAUUGUUCUUUCCGGCUAUGCAUUUUAUUCACUAUAAAAUUGGCUAAGGAAUCCUUGACCA